UUUAUUCUGCGUUGACCUAAAUUAAUAAAGAAAUAGACUGUGGACAUACCAAAUAUAAGUACACAUACAACGACAUAGAUGUUGGCAGUCCCAGAAGUCGUUUAUUUAUAAACGAUAGACUGAAAAGAAUGGCUCAGUUGAGCGUGCGCGGAAGCGGCGUACGAUUCGCGCGCCUGUUGCAAAAAGUUUCCCAAGUUCCAACAUAUCUCUCCACGCUACGUCUGCCCUUCAUUGUUAUGAGAUAUUUGACCAAGGACAGCUACGAAAGCUUCAUAAUGGAAUGUGACAAUGAUUUUGAGAAAUGGCGAAAUUCAACACCGAAUUUCUACGCCUUACAGUCGAUAGAUAUGAGAGCCUACUCUUUCGUGCACAACCUCGAUCCGAUAUUGGUACGCGAGGGUUCCCACAAGAAUGCCGACGACGUGUUGUUUGAUAUGUUCAAAAAUGAUGAAACAGGUCUUCUUCCUGUUGGCAAGUUUUUGGCUGCUUUGAGAACAACUGGGAUAAGAAAGAAUGAUCCUCGUGUUAAGGAAGUCAUGCACAAUUUGUACAAGGUGCAUAAGGAAUCAAAUUUUGAGAGCGGUUCCCCAGAAACAUUGAAAUUGGAUAGAAAGACUUUCAAAGAAGUGAUUGCGCCUAACAUUGUUUUAAUCACUAGAGCAUUUCGCAGUCAGUUUGUCAUACCAGACUUUCAGGACUUUAUAAAAGACGUAGAAGAAAUAUAUUGGGCUGCUAAAAGUAACACAGAUGGCAAGGUCGCCAGCUACAUUCCACAGCUAGCGAGGGCAUCGCCUGAAAACUGGGGAGUGAGUGUCUGCACAAUAGAUGGACAGAGAUUUUCAAUUGGUGAUGUGAAUGUACCAUUCACGUUGCAGUCAUGCAGCAAGCCUCUCACAUACGCCAUGGCUCUCGAGACACUAGGCCCUGACGUAGUCCACAAAUACGUUGGCACUGAGCCCAGCGGCAGAAACUUCAAUGAACUUGUCUUGGAUUACAACAUGAAACCCCACAAUCCUAUGAUAAAUGCAGGAGCAAUUUUAGUAUGCUCCUUAUUGAAAACGCUCGACAAACCGGAAAUGACAUUGGCGGAAAAAUUCGACUAUGUUAUGUCAUUCUUCAGUCGUCUCGCUGGCCAUGAAGUGUUGGGCUUCAAUAAUGCUGUAUUUUUAUCUGAACGCGAAGCCGCGGACAGAAACUACGCUUUGGGAUUUUACAUGCGGGAACACAAAUGCUAUCCGGAUAAAACUAAUCUUCGUGAAUGCAUGGACUUCUAUUUUCAGUGUUGUUCAAUGGAAGCGAACUGUGAUAUAAUGUCAAUCAUGGCGGCUACAUUGGCUAACGGUGGAAUAUGUCCCAUCACCGACGAGAAAGUUCUUAGGCCGGAUUCCGUACGCAACGUCUUAUCCCUAAUGCACAGCUGUGGCAUGUAUGAUUAUUCCGGACAAUUCGCUUUCAAAGUAGGACUGCCGGCUAAGUCUGGAGUGUCAGGGGCUAUGCUUAUUGUUGUCCCUAAUGUAAUGGGGAUCUGCACUUGGUCUCCGCCUCUAGAUCCUCUCGGAAACAGUUGCAGGGGCCUCCAGUUUUGUGAGGAUCUAAUUAUGCGCUUCAACUUCCAUAAAUACGACAACAUUCGUUAUGCCAGUCACAAAAAGGACCCGCGUCGUUACAAAUUUGAAUCGACUGGCCUCAGCAUCGUGAAUCUCUUAUUCUCCGCAGCCAGUGGAGAUCUCAGCGCACUAAGAAGGCAUCAUCUCUCGGGCAUGGACAUGACGCUUUCUGACUACGACGGACGUACGGCAUUACAUCUAGCUGCAGCCGAAGGUCAUUUGUCUUGCGUUGACUUCCUGCUCGCUCAAUGCUCAGUACCUCACGAUCCUCGUGACCGGUGGGGUAGCCGCCCACUAAACGAGGCCGAGACAUUCGGACACACAGCCGUCGUCCAAUACCUCAAGGAAUGGGAACGCACACAUCCCAACGGUACUGAUGAAAAAUCAGAAUCAGCAGUUGAUGCUAUCCUCGAGGUGAACCCGGAAGCAAACGACGCUGUCAAAGAUCCAAGCAUACAAGAAAUAGUAACACGUAACGGCGACAAAGUGCAGUAAAUAAUCUCAUACAAAGCCAAAAUAUUUUAAACAUGAUAUAGUCAUUUCACUAGAUGUUGUACAAAAAGUUAUUUGUGAAAUUCUGUGUCUUUAGAUAAGUGUUUCCGGUUGGGCCGAUCGGCCUAAUCAAUCAAUCGAUCGAACAAAAGGUCCAAUAGUAAAAAUCCAACUUUGGGCCAAUCGAGUCAACAGGAACCACGACUUCAGGAUUAUUAUAAACGUAUUUAAUAUGUAGCCAUGUAUUGAUGGCGUAAAUGCCGCUUCUCUGUUUACAAAAUUAAAUAUAGUUAAAAUCAAUCAUCAUAAUAUUUUAAAAGAAUUGAUUGUUCUUGUCAGUGUAGUGAUUUCCAUUUGUAUCAACUGCGCAUUCUCUCGAUUUUCUUCUUUAAUUUGUUCCAUAACAUGUUUUCGGUCUUCCUUUCUCUUCUCUUUUAUUAUACAAAAAGGUACGCCGUGCCGUAUUAACAUAAGUAAACAAAAAAAUCAUUCAUCUAGUCGUUUUUGGCAAAAAAAUCAUUUCGUCUCAUUUAAAAAUG